AUGUCCUCGUCUUCUUCUUCUCCCGUUGCUGACACUCAAGUGAAACAGGACCACGCUGUACCACUCAGUGGAGAGGACGCUAAAGAUGGGCUCCUCCCCAGGGACUUCUCCCACGUCACUUGGCGGUCCUCUUCCCCAUUUGCCGCUACUCCCGAUCCAUUCUUGGACCUCCCGACGUAUCCUAUUGGAUGUCUAUUAAUUCCUAGUACUGCUGAUGCUACUGCUCCGGCUGUCGCUGAACAGAAUGGUGAGUUGCAGCGUGAACCGCCAGGACUCCAACCGUAUGGCGAGAGAGCAUCCCCACUUUUCCCGACGCCAAUGGGGGACAGUGGAGGAGACUCUGACAGCAUCACUAUGGCGUUCAGGCCUAUGACCAACACAUGCAGCAUGUUGGACGCGGCCCAGGUCUUUCCCACUGCCCCGCCCCCCGGCGGCUCACAGCAGCGCAAGGCUGGGCGACAGCGGUCCUUGUCGGAGAGCUCCGUCUCCAGUUGGGAGGACUCCUCUGGGAGUUCUUUGGAGGAAUGCCCAUCUGGCCCUAUUCCCAAUCCUCGAGAAGCUACCGGACCUCUUGAGAGAGCUCUAGAUGAGGCCGCCCGGACUGGUCGAGGACCACAGGAGCGUGAUGGGAUGACCAUGUCCGCUCCCCCACCUAGAUACACUGCUGGAUAUCUUCCUAAUUCGCUGCCGUUCAACGGCAUUGCGCCACUCCUGGGUGGUAACGAGUAUGACAUAGUCCAACAGCUGGCUCUACUACAGCAACAAGCAUGGGUUUUAGGCCAACUACAUGCCACCAAUGAGAUCUGUACCAGAACGCAGCAGCAGCAGCCGGCGCCCACUACCAGGACCUCGGUGAAGCGCAACCAGCGCAAGGAGAGAGGAGGAGGACGGACGGAGCGUAGCGGCAGUGCGGGUCCGACCAAGGGAAGAAGACAAUCGGGAACAUCACUGGCUGGUCGGGUGGUUUCCCUGGCCGUGGGGGGCGCUGGCUCUCGACUCCUACAGGGGCAUCUUACAUCUGGUGUUGCCUCCCCUGAAGAGAUCCGUUCCUUUGUGGAGGAGUGUCGGCCUUCUACUCGCAUGCUGGCUACUGACCGUUAUGGGAACUAUUUCAUACAAGAGCUAUGCCACUACAUGGAUCCUUCUGAUGUCUGCAUCCUCUUGAAGGAGCUGGUCACUGCCCCGGACUUGGUAACGAUCGCUCGAGACGUUGCAGGAUCGAAGGUCCUCCUCGAAAUGGGGUGUCGAUUGAAGGCGAACAGACAAAACCCGUAA